UGUUUUACUUUGAAAGUGAUGAUCGGAAGCUCAAUAUCUGUGUCUAACUUGUUUCCAAUCCCAAAUUGUGUGUCAGGCAGAUGGCGUUGUGCGCUGCUCAGAGCCAGGAGGCACUUUACUGGCGGCGCACAGUGCCGGCGCGUCGAUCUUUCGGACAGCCCACUGGUCUCUCUCUCUCUCGCCACUUUUUGGACGUUUCUGUGUUUGACUCUGGGUGUGGAUACUGAGGAUCGGGACUUGGUGGACAAUCGAAUUGAUUUUAGAGAAUACCUGAUGCUACAUGGCCAUAUGAGCGCAUCGGGAGCGCAGGACCUCUCCCCUUAGAAGGCUGGGGCUCAGCCACUUGUAGAGAAACCCUGACCUGGGAUAAAAUCCAGAUGAAGAUGGAAUCAUUUAUCCUCUGCAGGGCUGUCCUCAUCUUCCUCAUGCUUCCCUCUGUCCAGUAUGCAGAGAGUCAGCCCCAGAGUGCAGUGUUCCUGCCAGAGUUCGUCCUCUCACCUCAGGGCAGUUUCAUGGAGGAUGCCACAGAGGAUCAGUUUCUAACCUACAGAUACGACGACCAGGCAUCCAGAAUGACCCGCUCAGAUGAAGACAGAGACAUUGGGUGGGAUGCCUGGGGCCCCUGGAGUGACUGCUCUCGAACCUGUGGGGGAGGAGCAUCCUAUUCUCUGCGACGCUGCCUCAAUGGAGGAAGCUGUGAUGGCAAAAACAUCCGCUACAGAACCUGCAGCAAUACGGACUGCCCUGCAGAGUCAGGUGAUUUCCGGGCCCAACAGUGCUCAGCCCACAAUGAUAUCAAGUACCAGGGUGUCACCUAUGAGUGGAUCCCUGCACCUUAUGAUCCCUUGGCACCCUGUGCCCUUCAGUGCCAAGCUAAAGGGAGAAGUCUCAAUGUUGAACUUGCCCCCAAGGUGCUGGAUGGGACACGGUGCCGGGCAGAUACCUUUGACAUGUGCAUCAAUGGAGUGUGUCAGGAGGUGGGCUGUGAUCGGCAGCUGACCAGCGGUGCCAGAGAGGAUAACUGUGGCGUCUGUGGUGGCGACAGCUCCACAUGCCGGCUGGUACGAGGACAGGCCUUACCCCACCUGACACUAGAACAAUCUCUGAAAACCAUUCUAGAGGUGCCAGUGGGAAGCCGCUUUCUCAGACUCAAUGCCAAAGGACCUGAUAUGAUAGCCAUUGAAGCCAUCUCUCUUCAGGGAAGGAGGGAGGAGAUCAGUCUUUUGUCAACGGGCUCUUAUGUGAUAGGAAACACCUCUUUGGACUUUCAAAGAGGGACAGACAGGCAGACACUCAGGACGCAUGGCAAACUCAAUGCAGAUUACAUUAUCAAGAUGAAGUACGGCGGCCCCAAGGACACAGUUGUCCAGUUUCUUUUCUACCAGCCAAUCAGGUACCAGUGGAGAGAGACUGACUUUUUCCCGUGCUCUGUUACCUGUGGAGGAGGUUAUCAGCUGAACUCUGCUGAAUGCAUAGACAUCCGAUCCAACCAGACCCUGCCUGAGAACCAUUGUAACAGCUAUCCUGAAAACACUAAACCCACACCAAAGCUCAAAGAGUGCAACAUGGACCCCUGCAAAGAGGGUGAUGGAUUCAAAGAGGUGAUGCCAUAUGAUCACUUCCAACCUCUGCCUCGCUGGGAGCAGGGCCCCUGGACCCAGUGCUCAGUGUCUUGUGGUGGUGGCUGGCAGAAUCGCAGUGUGCUUUGUGUGGAGGACGACACCAAUGGACAGUUCUCCCAGGUGGAGGAGUGGAAGUGCACCCACUCCCCUCUACCUGUCACUCGACAGAUUUGCAACGCCUUCACCUGCCCUCAGUGGGUGGCAAUGGAGUGGUCUCAGUGCACAGUGACGUGCGGUCGUGGCCUGCGUUACAGGGUGGUUCUGUGCAUCGACCAUCGUGGGCAACACGUUGGAGGCUGUGAAGCAACACUCAAACCUCACGUUAAAGAAGACUGUCUGAUCCCUGUUGCCUGCCAUAAGCCCAGAGAAUCCCUGCCAGUGGAGGCCAAGGUGCCUUGGUUAAAACAAGCCCUUGAACUGGAGGAACACCAUACUGCUACAGAGGAACCCACAUUUGUACCUGGGCCCUGGUCACCCUGCAGUGCACCCUGUGGACCUGGCUGGCAAACUCGAGCAGUAAAGUGCCAGGUGAUGCUUUCAUUCACCAAGACAGAGGUGGACCUUCCAGAGGAGGAGUGUGGCAAGGACAGACCACAGCUGGAGAGGCCCUGCAAUCAGGGGCCAUGUACCCAAGUUCCAGGCAUCUCUUCAGGCCUCCAGGCUCACAGGGUGCCUUACAUUCAAAUGGAGGAAAUGUACAGCUGGGACUACAGGAGCUUUACUGCCUGCUCAGCUACAUGUGCUGCUGGGAAGCAGACUGCAGUUGUGAGGUGUGUUAAUAGGAAGCAAGGGUAUGAGGUGGAGGACUCUUUGUGUGAUAUAUCCAGCAGGCCACCAGUAAUGAUCCGCAUCUGUAACCCUGAGCCAUGUCCCCCAAGAUGGGAGGUGACAGCGUGGACUGGCUGCUCUGCAUCCUGCGGCACUGGAAUACAGACCAGGAGUGUGUUUUGUAUGUGUCUGUUGUCCCUUGACCAGCAGGAUAUUCUGACUCUCUCAGAGGAAGAGUGCAGGGAAUUCAAACCUGCAAUCCUGCAACCCUGCAACCAGGUUGACUGUCCUCCAGCCUGGGAGACCGAGCCUUGGCAACUGUGCUCCCAGUCCUGUGGUGGGGGUGUCCAGGUGAGGAAGGUUUACUGUAAGCAGUUGCUGUCCACAGGGGCCUAUAGGAGGCUGGGAGACAGGGCCUGCUGGGGGGCCAAACCUGCCACUAACAGAGGCUGCAGUAACUCUGACUGUCUGCCCUAUAUAGCAGGAGGACAAUGGGGAAAGUGCUCAGUGUCCUGUGGUUUGGGUAUCCAGCGGAGGGAGCCACUGUGUCACCAGUUGACAGCCACAGGCCACCAGGUGACACUGGCCAGAGAACUGUGCUCAGGGUUACCUUCCCCACCACUUGUCCGCACCUGCCGCAUGUUGGCCUGUCCCAAACACAACAAAGAGAUGAGACCCAAAGGCACCCAGAGGGCUCCAGUGAAGACCCAAGUCAAGCACACAAUGAGACGCCCACCAAAGGCCAGGGGCUAUAUGGAAGGGAUUAAACAAUGUCCAAAGCUCAUGGGUAAGCACCACAUCUACAUUCAGACUCGCAAGGACAGACACCUUCGCUUGACUAUUGGUGGCCAUGCCUACCUCCUACCCAACACCUCCCUGGUCCUUAAAUGCCCUGUCAGAAAGUUCCCUAAAGCUUACAUCCAAUGGCUCAAAGAUGGACACUCCAUACCCAGCUCCAAACAUCUGGCUAUUACCAAAUCUGGCUCUCUGAAGAUCCACUUUGUGGGAGCAGAGGACACUGGGGUGUACAAGUGUGUUGCUGGACCAGCUUCAGAUAUCUUAACCCUCCAGUUGAUAGGUAGUGACAGCAGGUCAACCGGCAAAUUGUCUACUACCAGUCCUGAUUCCGACUGGCUUAGUUGCCAUCAUCACUACUCAAACCUGGAGCAGGUUAGUGUGUCUCUAUUGCCCCCUGGUGUCCAGGAGGCCUUGCUGCAGCCAUGGCUGAAGGAGAGGCUUAUUAAUAUAACUCUACAGGCUGACAGAGGAGAGAUCCAGCAGGAACAAGCCUCAGAACUCAUCUCCUCACUACUGACCCACAUGUCUGCUUUCCAGCUCUGGACCCAGAUUACAGAGGGAGGGAUAGAAGUAAAAGACAGACUACCCAACUGGUCAGAGCACUCCUCAUUGGACAUAGUUGUGAACAGACCAGUGAUCAUCAGACACCAGCAGAUGCCUCAACUGAGUUUUCAGAGGAGCAUCAAUGUCAGUAUUGGACACAGUGCCCUCCUCACCAAUGCCACCCAAUCACUGGCCAUACUUUGCCCCGCAGAGGGCUUCCCGCCACCCAAAAUCAGCUGGACCAAAGAUGGAGCUCUGUUGCAGCACACUGAGAGGGUAUCAUGGGAUAGCUCUGGAGAACUUCACAUCCUUCAGCCCAGAGCAUCUGACAGAGGGCAGUAUAAGUGCACAGCUACCAACAUGUAUGGCUCAGACUCAGAGACAUCUUUGCUGGUGGUGGCAGAGCCACCAACCAUCACAGUGUCAUGGAGGAAUGUUUCAGAUUAUGGGGUGGUGCUGGGUCACAGCUUGAGGGCUGCAGUUGGGGGACGAGUCAGUGUUCGCCUGGGUACCAACCUCAGUCUCAACUGCUCUGUCACUGGUGUUCCUCAGCCCACAGUGACAUGGCACAGGAAGAAUGGACUAGGUUCUGGUGCUGUUUCCCUUCCCUCUGGUUCACUGUGGAUCAGAAAUGUUUCUUUUGACAACCAAGGCACCUACUCCUGCACUGCCACUAACGCCAUAGGAAAGUCUACUGCCUCCACUGUCCUGCAGGUCUACACUCCAUAUCCAGCUGGAGGAGGCAGGGUUGUUCCAGUCUUACAGGAGCUGAACAGUAGAAGGGUCCUCAUGGCAUCACACCGUGGAAUGAGUGUUUUUAUCAAACCCGGAGACAUUCUACGUAUAGGUUGUCCAGUAGUUCCUGACCACAAACUGCCAAUGCGCUGGGACUACAACAAUCAGACCUUGAAGGAGGUUUCACACCCAUCACAGACUCAGGGUCCUGGUCUGGGUCUGCAGUACAGGAUGCUGAUGGGGGGCCGUGUCCUUGAGGUCAACACACUCCAGGUGAAGUUCUCAGGCCGUUACCGAUGCCACACUCUCAACAACAGUACCAGACAGAUGGUGUAUGCGUGGAUAUACAUUCACACUGAUGAGUUUGGCUGGCGUUUUGGAGACUGGACCACAUGCAGUACUUCCUGUGGGAACAGAGGGACUUGGCUGCGGAGGAUUCGUUGUGUCACACUGGAUGGAAAGGAUGUUCAGCCCACCAUGUGUCAGCACAUACCAAAACCCAUUGCCUCCCCAGUUCCCUGCAACAGACAGGACUGCCCUCCCAGAUGGCUGGUAUCAGAAUGGUCAAAGUGCUCUGCCUCAUGUGGUAGUGGCUGGAAAAAGAGGCAGGUCUCCUGUCAGCAGCUGGAUGCCAGCGGUGCAGUGAGGACCCUGUCAGCAGCUGCCUGUGAAAGGAUGAGCUGGCCCACAAACACAGAGCAGUGCACUGCCAGUAAUUGUCCCAUCUGGGUAACCAGUCCAUGGGGAAAGUGUUCAGGGAGGUGCUCAAGCCCCACCACCACUGUUCAGAAGAGAUCUGUCACCUGCCAACAUGCCAAUGGCUCCUUGUACACAGACUGUGAUGUCAGGGAGAGGCCUGUUUUGGUACGUAACUGUUCCUCAGAGCUAUGUGAUGUUCAGUGGCGUCCUGGUCCAUGGCGGGCAUGCACCGUAGUCUGUGGGAAUGGUUUUCAGUCGCGCAGAGUGGACUGUGUUCAUCGCAGGAGUAGCAGGACACUGGCUGACCAGCACUGUGCCUGGCUUCAAAGGCCUCCCACCUGGCAGCACUGCAACACCACUACCUGUGGGAGGGAAUGCAAGGACACCACCCAGUACUGCAGUGUGGUGAAGAGACUAAAGCUGUGCAACCUUUAUAUGUAUAAACAGAGAUGCUGUGGGUCAUGUUCACAGGAUGCCAACUCCACCUAGUGGCAAUGAACAGUCAUAAACACGCUACAUUUACUUUAGCAGAUGGACUACAUGAGAUGAGAAAACAACAACAACAAACAACAACUGAGAAAAGCAUAGAAGGACAUCAUCUGUGAGUGGAUACUUCAAGGACUUCACAUAUGUAAACUGGACAAGCUUUAGUCCACUUCUUUCACUUCCUAAAAGGAAGCUGAAGGGUGCCUCAAAAGGCUGGGUUAAAUUUUCUGAUCUGAGUCCAACCUCCUAAUAUAAAGAAAAAAAGUGUUCACUAUGUGGAUGUAAUGGAAUUCUUGACUUUCUUGCAAAAUCAGAACAUUUCAUCACCAGUGACAUUCUAAUAAGGUGGCCCAGAAAGGAAUAAACUUAGACUGAUGUAUUGGUUUGCCAAUAUUUUCCUAUACAAGCUAUGAGAUACCAGCCAGCUGUGUCAACCACUGCUGAUAUGCAAGGUCCAUCCUAUCAGCAGCUAGAUAAAAACAGCUGAGAAAACAGUCACUCAUUACUUUCUUGUUUGUGUGUGUGUGUGUGUGUGUGUGUGUGUGUAUUUAUGACAUGAUUCAUCUAGAAUAUAUAAAUAUUAUAUUAAACUAUAUGGAGAGAUAUGGAUAUUAAAAUAAGGGGAAAUUCUGGUUUAUCACAACUUGGGUCUAAUUUUUACUCACUCACUGAAGUAAAUGCUGAGAUCUGGGACAUUAUAACCAACAACAUUAUAACCACAUAUGACAAGAAGCAAGAAGUGAGACAAUCAGAUAGGCUGUAAACAAGCCUACAGUUCAGCCGAGUUGUCCAAACCUCAGUACAUGCAAACCAAAAGAAGUGUUCAGUGUUAUUACUACUGAUAGAAAAGCUGGGAAAAACUGGAAAAAUAAGACCCAUAUUGUAAUGAACCAAAACUAUACUUUAAUCUAUCACUGACUUUCCAUACCAAUAAAUAGAUACAGUAUGUCACCAUGCUUUAAAGAGAGGAUUUCUUUAGCAUGUGUUCUAGAGUCCCAGGCAUUUUAGUGUUCUAUAAUACUGCUUCAAAGACUUUCUGACCUGACAAAUUUCAAAGUUUGGUAGACACACACUGAAUUCAUCUUUGGAAUGAAAAAGAUCUCUGUGUAAAUAAAGAUACUAACAUAAAAACAUUACUACAAAACCCACUGUUGGUGACUUCAGUCUAAUAUAUUGUGUUGCCAUAUCCGUAAAAUGAACCCUAUCACCAGAUGGAAUUCUGUCGUUGAAUGGUUCUGCAAUGAUUCUGAAAUGAUCUAUUUCCAUCAUAUAUUUUUGGCAAUCAUGGGAUGGUUAUGGUUAGGGAAAGAUAGUGACUAUGGCAAAUGAACUAUUAACAUAAGAUUAAAGGUUAUACAAAUUAUGGUUACAGUAUGUCAGUUGUCAGGGUAAAGGAUGGGGUUGAGAUUCUCAGUGGCUCCCUUAAUCAGAUCUAUUGUUUUGCAGUUUUAAAUGGGGAGCUAAGGCACAAGCUGACAUAUAUCACUCAGACACACACCAUGUGAAUUCAGCCAGGAGGAGUUCUAGAUCACAAAAAAGCAAGGGAAGUGGAGGAAAGAGAUGGUUGAGACUGGGCAUCAAAGUUGAGAUGGCUGGGGUUAGUGGCGACCAGUGGUUGAGGGAUUAAAAGCCAGUGCCAGAAACAAUGUUCAAGUGAGUCCUGACCUCUCCAACCAUACUUAGUUACAUAAAAGGUGAGAAUGCCUCUGGCAUUGACACUGAGUAUUGGCACAAAUCAUGUACUGCAGAGUCAUCCAAUGAAAACUUUAUCUACACAGAAUCAAACAGUGGAAGUUCUGUGGUUAAUUUAUAAUAGCAAUGUCAAGUCACGAAUGUACAUAAGGUAGAAGAAUCAAAGGCUGUAAAGACCAUCCACUUGUGUUAAGGUACUGGGUUGUGACCAUAGUCACAAGUCACUGAUGCGAGAGGAGCUGCUGCUGUUGGUGGAACUUCAGUUGUGAAAGCAUCCACAUCCUCAUCAACAUCACACUAUGAUUCUCAGCCCUGACAGUACAGAAGGUUUUGUAAAAAAAUAUAUUACAGGUAAAGAAAUGUCUGCUCAUUGAGAUAAAACUGACUCUGGAGAGAGAGGCAAGAGCACAACACUGAUUCUGACUGUUGGCCUAUUCAUGUUACCUUUGUGUUGGUUAUCAUACCCGUGUACAACAUCGUAAAAUGUCUUGUAUAUACUGUGAAAUAUCACAUAUUGAGUGGUGUAGAUUGUGUGAGAUUUUAUUUUCUUACUUGGUUAAGGUGUCUUUUUAACUCUUGCUUAAGAUCUUAGAAUACAAAGCACUUCUAUAUGUUGAAUAGGUGGUAUGUUUAGUACCACUCAGUCUGUUUAAUUUGCAUGUGUUCAAGCUCAGUCUCCAAAGUUUUAUAGCUCCAUUGUGAAAUCCCAUUCAGUAACAUACAUUUGUCAGUAUUUCUCCCUGGCUACUGAUGACUAUAUAGUAUAUCUGAUGUGGUGACAUUAUCCUACUUGUGGAUUUGCAGCUUAACCGGGGGAACAUGAGGUAGUACAACAAAUCAUUAAAGUGCUUCAGACAAUAAUGCAAAGGAUUAGACACUUCACACACUGUAUUUAUAACAGCACCCAGUAUUCACAUCUUUUUACAGUAUGUGUUCAGUGGUCAAAGUUUUUGUGUAUCAAAAAAGAAAAAGAACCUCAAGGUCUACUUGCCACUUUUAUUCUGAGCUUUCACCCACAUCUCAGAGUGCUCCUCAUCAGAUAGAGAUUGUCAAAGUUCUGCUGUAUGUAAGUGAGCCUUGGGGAUUUUAUUAUUAUUAAUAUUAUUAUUAUUUUUGUCAAACUACUGUGUCUCAAGAAUAAACUUGCAUUUAAAAUGUGUGUAUAUUCAUUCAUUCUAGAGUUUUCAGUGAGGGUGACAGAGUAUGUGUUUUUAACUCCUUUAAGUGGUUUAUUAAACAUAUUUUUUGAAAAAACAAACAGAAAAAAAUAAACAAUAUUGGACAAAUU